AUGGAAGAUUUAUUUUGGUUUAUAUUUAUAAUUGUUCUGGCAUCUAUCCUCAUUCCAGUAAUCAUAGGCAUAAUAGUUUCCAUUGUAAUAUUUGUAUUUGUCAAAAAAGCUAGCGAUGCACAUAAAAGAAAUCGAACACCUGCACCUUAUGUAAUUACACAGACUCCACAACCGACCACGUACUCGGAUCAAUCAAAUUCUCAAGCUUUUAGCAAUGCUGCAUUUGAUGUUGAAAUGAACAAUCAGCAUCAAAUUAAUCAUCAAGGACAUAUGAAUAACCAACAAAUGUAUCACCAAAUGCAUCACCAAAUGCACAUGAAUAAUCAUCAAUUGCAUAUGGAUAUGAACAAUUCAGGAGUCAAUUCACAAACAACUGACAUUCCUCCCUCAUAUUCAUCUUUUCAAACUGAAACAUUUUCAUCUCCAAGUUAUAACGACUUUAACAGUGAUUCCAAAAAUGAUACAUCCACAGUUAUAACUAGCAGUGAUCCGAUAUAA